AUGAACGCGCCCGUUCUUGUUCUGAACACCAACACAAAGCGAGAAAACGGCCGCAAAGCACAGCUUGCAAACAUCAUGGCGGGAAAGACCGUGGCAGACAUUAUUCGAACAUGCCUUGGUCCGAAAUCGAUGUUGAAGAUGUUGAUUGACCCGACCGCCGGUGUCACCAUCACCUCGGACGGCAACUCCGUUCUUCGUGAUUUGGUUGUUGAACACCCCGCAGCCAAAUACAUGAUCGAGCUUUCGCGUUCACAGGACGAGACUGUCGGUGACGGAACCACCUCGGUUGUUAUUUUGUGUGGCGAGGUCUUACAAGUUGCCGAGCCAUGGAUCCAAAAAGGAAUCCACCCAACCAUCAUCAUCUCCGGAUUUUUGGAUGCCCUAGAAGAUGCCCUCAAGAGUCUUCAAGAGAUUUCCAUCACCAUUGAUUUGGCCGAUAAAGAGGCUGUACGACGUGUCGUCAAGAGCUCAAUUGGAACCACCUUCAUGAACACGUGGAAUGACAUCCUUUGUUCAUUGGCCAUCGACGCGGUGACGGUGUGUGCUGGUGGUGACCUUAAAAAAGCGGAGGGUCAAGACAACAUUGAUACUAAGAGAUACGCAAGAGUCGAAAAGAUCCCAGGUGGAGACUUUUCUGAGUCCGAAGUUGUCAAGGGAGUUGUGCUGAAUAAAGAUGUUGUCCACUCAAAGAUGAGCAGAAGAAUCGAGCACCCUCGUGUUGUCUUGUUGGACUGCAACUUGGAAUACACUAAGGGUGAGAGUCAGACCGACGUUGAAGUUACCAACGCGACUGACUUUGGAAAGUUGUUAGAGUUGGAGGAGCAAUUUGUCAAGAAGCAAUGCGAUGAAAUCAUCAGAGUCAAGCCCGACUUGGUGAUCACUGAAAAGGGGAUCAGCGAUAUUGCGCAACACUACUUACAAAAGGCGGGUAUCACCGCGUUGAGAAGGGCACGUAAGAACGAUAACUUGAGACUUGCAAGAGCGACUGGAGCUACCGUUGUUUCAAGAACAGAGGAACUGAACGAAUCGCAUGUUGGUGUUGCUGGGAUGUUUGAGGUGAAAAAGAUUGGAGAUGAGUAUUACAGUUACAUCCACCAAUGCGAGAACUCGACUGCAUGCACUAUUGUCUUGAGAGGAGGAAGCAAAGACGUUUUGAACGAAGUUGAGAGGAACUUACAAGACGCAAUGGCCGCGUGCAGAAAUUUGGUUGAGAAGCCAAAGCUUGUACCAGGCGGAGGAGCAUCUGAAAUGCAUGUGGCGACAAAAUUAACGAAAAAGGCAAAGAACGUUGAGGGAAAGAAACAAUGGCCAUAUUCGUCAAUUGCUAUUGCUAUGGAAGUUAUCCCACGUACUUUGGCUGCUAACUGUGGUGUUGAUGUUGUCAAAGUGGUUACUGAGUUGAGAGCGAAACAUUUGUCAGACGAGAAAGGAUGUUCGACAUUUGGUAUUGAUGGGAUGACUGGGAGUAUCGUUGAUAUGAAAGACCUUGGAGUGUGGGAACCUUAUGAAGUCAAAGCGCAGUGCAUCAAAACUGCUAUUGAAGCCGCGUGCACAUUACUCAGAGUGGACGACGUCGUUUCUGGAAUCAAAAACCCACAGGGCGCACAACAACAACAACAAAACCAGAUGGCCCAGCAGCAAGCUAUGAUGCCAGCCAUGGAGUAA